AUGCUGAAGCCGGGGGACCCCGGUGGCUCGGCCUUCCUCAAAGUGGACCCAGUCUACCUGCAGCACUGGCAGCAACUCUUCCCACACGGAGGUGGCGGCGGCCCGCUCAAAGGCGGCGGGACCACGCUUCCCCUUGGCGCGCCCCAACCCCUGCAGCCGCCAGCGCCUCCGCCGCCACCCGAGCGCGCCGAGCCUCUUCCCGACGGCCUGCGGCCACGGCCCGCCUCGCUCUCAUCCGUCUCGUCCACCCCGGCUCCCUCCUCCACCUCCGCCUCUUCAGCCUCCUCCUGCGCCGCCGCCACCGCCGCCGCGCUGGCGGGUCUCUCGGCCCUGCCGGUGGCCCAGAUGCCGGUGUUCGCGCCUCUAGCUGCUGCAGCGGUAGCCGCAGAGCCGCUGCCCCCAAAGGACCUGUGUCUGGGCGCAUCCACGGGCCCCGGGCCGGCUAAGUGCGGUGGCGGCGGCGGCGGCGGCGGCAGCGCGGGGGACGGCCGUGGCGUCUCGCGUUUCCGCUGCAGCGCUGAGGAGCUGGACUAUUACCUGUACGGCCAGCAGCGCAUGGAAAUCAUCCCGCUCAACCAGCACACCAGCGACCCCAACAACCGUUGCGACAUGUGUGCGGACAACCGCAACGGGGAGUGCCCCAUGCACGGGCCACUGCACUCGCUGCGCCGGCUUGUGGGCACCAGCAGCGCUGCGGCCGCUGCACCCCCGCCGGAGCUGCCUGAGUGGUUGCGGGACCUGCCCCGGGAGGUGUGCCUGUGCACCAGCACUGUGCCUGGCCUAGCGUAUGGCAUCUGUGCUGCGCAGAGGAUCCAGCAGGGCACCUGGAUUGGGCCCUUCCAGGGCGUGCUCCUGCCCCCGGAGAAAGUGCAGACCGGCGCCGUGAGGAACACGCAGCACCUCUGGGAGAUAUAUGAUCAAGAUGGGACACUACAGCACUUUAUUGAUGGUGGGGAGCCUAGUAAGUCGAGCUGGAUGAGGUAUAUCCGAUGUGCAAGGCACUGUGGAGAGCAGAAUCUAACAGUAGUUCAGUACAGGUCGAAUAUAUUCUACCGAGCCUGUAUAGAUAUCCCCAGGGGCACCGAGCUUCUGGUGUGGUACAAUGACAGCUAUACGUCUUUCUUUGGGAUCCCCUUACAAUGCAUUGCCCAGGAUGAAAACUUGAAUGUCCCUUCCACGGUAAUGGAAGCCAUGUGCCGACAAGAUGCCCUACAGCCCUUCAACAAGAGCAGUAAGCUUUCUUCCACCAGCCAGCAGCGUUCAGUGGUUUUCCCACAGACUCCCUGCAGCAGGAAUUUCACCCUCUUGGAUAAAUCUGGGCCCAUCGAGGCAGGAUUUAAUCAAAUCAACGUGAAGAAUCAGCGGGUCCUGGCGAGCCCAACCUCCACCAGCCAGCUGCACUCGGAGUUCAGUGACUGGCACCUCUGGAAGUGCGGCCAGUGCUUUAAGACUUUCACACAGCGCAUCCUGCUGCAGAUGCACGUGUGCACACAGAACCCCGACAGACCCUACCAGUGUGGCCACUGCUCCCAGUCCUUUUCCCAGCCAUCAGAACUGAGGAACCACGUGGUCACUCACUCCAGUGACCGGCCUUUCAAGUGUGGCUACUGUGGUCGUGCGUUUGCUGGGGCCACCACGCUCAACAACCACAUUCGGACGCACACUGGAGAAAAGCCCUUCAAGUGCGAGAGGUGCGAGAGGAGCUUCACGCAGGCCACGCAGCUGAGUCGACACCAGCGGAUGCCCAACGAGUGCAAGCCAAUAACCGAGAGCCCAGAAUCAAUCGAAGUGGAUUAA